AUGGCGCUUCAAGCUCCCGAAUUACGGAACCUCUUCCGGCUUCUUCUUUUUCGUUGUACAAAAAUCCCCCAUUACCUAUCCUCGACCAGGGUGUGCAUAACUCGGGUAAAUCGUGAGCUUUAUGGGCGAAUGUAUCCUGUUCACCUGGCCCUACCUAACGGCGCUACUAUUCGGAUUCGCUACAAGGAGCCACGAUAUGUGCUUCAGUUGCCGCUGGAUCUGGACGAGUGCGAUGAGGAGGAACGGGCUCGGCGCCUGCUGCGUCGAAAGCCGCGGGCUCGUUUGGAACUGCAAGAGGACAUGGGAUUCGAGGACUCCUUCGAUUCUGCUGCUUACGACUUCCUUUGGUCGAAGUCUAAGUCCAAGUAA